AUGUCUGUAAAUUCUUACUUUUAAAUUCAUAUGUAAGUUAAUUAUGACUGUCCAAAGCUUGCUCAGAAAUGUUCACCUAUAUAUUGGAUAAUUAAAUUGUUUAUGCUCGGAUUGGUUCUUUUGAAUCUAUUGCAACUUUCUUUCACGCCUAAUGAUGACAUCUCAGAAUAACUAUUUAAGGAUAGAGUUUCCUAUUUCGAUAUAUUAAUAUUAUUAAAAAAUAUUUAACCUAUGGGAGCUACUUGUUGCACGGGAACACCCUAAACCUAAGAGAUUCUUACUAACGCUCCUAUUCAAUACGAGGUACAAGUUAAAGGGAAGGAUCAUUUGGAAACAGUGAAGCCAAUAGAAGGAAGAGCAGAUAACAUAGAGAAAGACCCCGUUAAACCUCAAGAAUCCUAAAAUGUUCAGAUCUAAGAGCCACCAUUAAGUGCGAAUCCUCCAGAUGAUGCUUUAAGAGAAUAAUAAAGGUAACAGAUUUGGUCUCACGGCCCAAACCCUGAAGAUGCUAAAUAAUAUGAUAAGGAUCCUUUUAUCGAGAAUGAUUAGGUUCGCAAAACUCUGGAAAAACUCGGAAAUUAUCAUUAUGACGAAACAUCCGUAUCACGCUUUCAUGAUUGUAUUGAGUUAGGACCAUAUCAAUUUGAGAAUGGGGCUAUAUAUGUGGGACAAUGGAAAAACCACUAAAGAUGGGGCAAAGGUAAGCAGUAUUGGCCAGAUGGAUCCGUUUAUGAAGGAUUUUGGAGUUCUCACACAGCCAAUGGAAAAGGACGGUUGAUUCAUGCAGACGGAGAUGCUUAUGAUGGAGAUUGGGUCGAUGACAGAGCCUAGGGACAAGGAACUUAUUAUCAUGUUGACGGAGCAAAAUAUGAAGGAGAUUGGUUGGAAGAUUAAUAACAUGGGAAGGGAACUGAAAUGUGGCCAGAUGGUGCUCAAUAUGUAGGAAGUUAUGUGAAUGGAAAGAAGGAUGGAAAAGGUAAAUUCAAAUGGAGUGAUGGCGCAACUUAUGAAGGCGAUUUUCGAGAUAAUAAUAUUGAAGGCUUUGGAGAGUAUGUGUGGGCUGAUGGAAGAAGGUAUAAAGGAUAAUGGUUAAAUAAUAAAAUGCACGGUAAAGGAGACUUUAACUGGCCCGAUGGAAAGUAAUAUAGCGGGGAUUAUGUUGAAGACAAAAAGGAAGGCUAUGGAAUCUUCAAAUGGUCUGAUGGCAAACAAUAUAAAGGAUAUUGGAAGGAUGGAAAACAACAUGGAAGAGGAAUCUUGGUUGAUAGAGAAUCCAGAGAAGUUGAAGCUGAAUGGGUCGAAGGAAGAAGAGUCAGAUCAGAUAAUUGAAAUUAUCACACAUUAUUAAAGUGAAUACUGUAUAGAUUUAAUAUUUUAUAUUAAAUCUAUGAAAUAUCUUCUGAAA